GACGAUGACAUCUGAGAAAUCUCCUCUAACAUCCACUCAAAAUGAAGAAGCUGCUCAGGAAAUCCUCAAGAUGAAAAUGAACAAGAAAAAGAAAAAAACAAAGAGGCAUUCAAAAUCUUUGGUCAUUUCAGCAACAUCCUCAGUGAAAACCCCACAGACAAAGAGGUCCCUGAACUGUUACAUGUGCGGAUACAAAACUGGUGUGAUAUAUGCUCUGAAGAAGCAUUUAAGCAAAACUCACAAAGUAAACCGUACAUUCACAGAUAUUUUAAGAUAUUAUUUUAGACAAGGAUCAUUAGAGCCUGGGUAUCAUUGUGAAUUCUGUGUUUUCAGACAUGAAAAAGCUGCAGUAGUUUAUGAGCACUACCAGGAACGCCACCCAGCACGUGUCCCCUGCGUUGAGUAUGUAAGUACUCAGUUAUAUGCCGGUCCUGGAAUGGUCCCUCCUAAAAAGAAGAAGCCUAACCUAGAGCAGAGUGAAGGCAAUGACACUGAAAACAGAUUGCUAUCCCAAAGAUCUGGACAAAAUAGAGCUGGUAUAUCUUGCAAAAGAUGCUCUUUUAAAAGUAAGUCAUUGUCAGAUCUGGCACACCAUUACAGAAUUGUUCAUCCUUUGAGUGCAAAACUUGCCAAGAAAGCAAACGCAAGCUGGCGGGUGGAAGACCAAAGUGACAGACGUGGCUCAUCUGACUCCUACCAGUUUGGUAAAUUACGGGCGUCCUCCACAGUGUUCAAGUGCCUUUACUGCUCUGCAAAUUUUAAUAGCAAACACGGUCUCCACGUUCACUGUGGAUUGAAACACCCGGAAGCUGUAAUCGAAAAAUAUGAACAUGAACAUGAACAAGAACAAAAACCAAAAAAGCAGCUCCAAAAACCAAAAAAGCAGCUCCAAAAUUCAAAAAAGCAGCUCCAAAAUUCAAAAAAGCAGCUCCAAAAACCAAAAAAGCAGCUCCAAAAACCAAAAAAGCAGCUCCAAAAACGUCUGCAUGAGAAGUUUAAGUCUAGCAUAACGGCAGAAGAAAGCCUCUUGAUCUACAAGUGUCCAAAGUGUCCAUAUGUGAAUGCUAGCUACCACGCGACCCUUGCUCACUGUCAAAUGAAGCAUCCAGCAAUUGUAGUCCGGGCAGAUGAACUUGAGACAGACGAAGUCUUUGCAUCAAACAUGGUCAAAUGUACUUUAGGAAAAGGUUCUAAUGAAAGAGGGUACUUGUGUAAAAAAUGUUCACAAAUCCAUGGAUCACUGAGAAAACUCAAUGCUCACCGUAAGAAGGUUCAUCAUGAUACAGAAGUGUAUGAGCACACUGACACUGAAAGCCAGCCGGUUCACACAUCUCAGGGCUCAGCACAGAAGAAUGCCUCUGUGAAAAACAAAACUUCGAGAAAAGUAAGCAUUGCGAAAAGUAGACAGGCUUCACAAACGGAAACUCCUGAUGCAUGCCCGUCAACUUUGCUGUCCGGAGUCCGCAGCAACAAACAGUUGUACAAGUGCCAGAUGUGCACCUAUAAAGGAGCGAAUCGAAAAUACCUCCAGUGCCACUACAAAAAUACUCACAAAUUGGAUGCAGUCAGUAUUUACAAACUUCUUGAGAAAUAUAACGUACUUAAAUCAGGCAACAGCACAAAGGUUAAAUGUUUGAAAUGUCCGGACUUAACAUUCAAGUCAUCGCAGCUGCUCAUUGACCACUAUAGUACUUUUCACCGCUCAGAGUGGAAGUUGGACUUCACUGUGUUGUCACUAGGAUCGCCGAAAAAGAAAACCACAGGGGUUUACAAAUGUGACCACUGCAACACACAAUUAAUUGGGAUUAGAAAGGUGUGUUAUCACAUGGAUCACCACAGAGCAAGGAUGCUAGAGAUGGCCAAGGCUGCGCAGAGAAAGGAGUCGCUUGUUAGCACAACAAUAGAGCAAGAAUCCAGCAAGCCCUGCAGGCAAGACGAAACGGCCACAUUGGAAACUGUGAACGAGGUUAAUCGUUGGAACGGGACACCAGUGCCGAGCGCCGCUACAUCAGAACUCUCUGAUGUACAGCAGCCAGAACUAGAAUCGAAUGAAGACAAACACACGUGUAAACAGUGCGGCCGGAUGUUUAUGUCAUUGAAAGGCUUGCAUUCACAUGAGCACAGCCACGCAGCCCUGGCAGCCAUCAAGAAACUGGACAAUAGCUCCACAUCUGGAUUAAAACACAACAUUAGCAAAUAUCUCAUCCACAAAUCUGGAACUCUGAGAUCUUUUCAGUGUAGUUGCUGUACCUAUCGGACAACAGUCUUUGGCCUCUGGAGGAGUCAUUUUAUGAAAAAGCAUCGUGAUCUCAUCAUGGGUGCAGCUGAGACUGAAGACAAAGAUGAGAGUGAAGAGAGGUUUGAUAAGGAGUUCUCUAAUUCAUCAGAGAAAAUGAAUAGCUUGCCUGAAAUUGAUGAGGGACGUGAACUUAUUAAAGGAUCUCUGUACUUGGAGCCCCCAGAUGUGCGGCGCCAGUUAAACCACUACACCAUGAUGGCACAGAGCAGCAUCAAAUCUAAAGUGAACAUGCAACUAUCAAAAUUACCUGAGAACAGCGUGCUUCACUGUGAGUUCUGCAAUUUCAGCACUGGACACCUGUCUAGUAUCCGGCGGCACUGCCUAAAUUGGCAUGGAAAGAAAAUCCUCAGAUGUAAAGACUGCAACUUUUUCACAGGUUUAAGGAAAACUCUGGAAAUGCACAUGGAGACGGGUCACUCUACCUGCCAGUCAAAGCCUACUCAUCAGAAGGACCUCUGCUGCCCUUUCUGUCUGUACCAAACUAAGAACAAGAACAACAUGAUUGAUCACAUCGUCUUGCAUCGUGAGGGACGUCUAGUGCCAAUAGAGGUUCGUCGCCCCAAACUGUCACGUUACCUUCAAGGCAUCAUCUUCCGCUGUCACAAAUGUACUUUCACCAGUGGCAGCCCAGAAAACCUGCGUUUGCACAUGAUGAGGCACGAUGACAUCAAACCCUACAAGUGUCGGCUGUGCUAUUUCGACUGCACCCAGCUGAGUGAUUUGGAGGCACACCUGAGCGAUAAGCAUCAGGUCGUGAGGAAUCAUGAACUUGUGGGUCAGGUGAGCCUUGAUCAGCUGGAGCCAAGCGUUGGUAAUGUGCCAGUAACAGAAGAGGAACAUUUGUCUAACAUGGACCAGCUCGAUAAGGAGACGGAAGAUGUAGAAAUGGAGGACUUUUUUGCAGACUGUGAUGAGGUUCCACAAGCUGAGAACCUGGAAGAAAACUAUACCACAGAGAAAAGUGCACUCCAGAUGAGGGAAUGCCAGGAAAGCAAUGGAGAAAGUCCUGGCGAGACUUCUGAAUCAGACAUUCAACAUGAGAAUGCAAAACCAAACUCUACUGUCCAACAAGAGCUGCAAGAACAAGCAGAGAUUGUGCUUCUAGAGACUGCAAGAGAACAGGAGACAGGAAAUGUGGAACAAAGUGUUGCAGAAGUGAAAAUUACAGAUACCCCAUGUGAGGAUUGUGGCGGUCCAGAGGAAGAGAGGCAGACAAAUGAAAACCAAACCCAACCUAAGUUCACAGAAUGUGGAGACAAACAACAAGCGGAGACAGGAAAUGAUUUCAAAGUGGAUGAAGAAACACCAGCUCAAAAGCAAGACGUUAAAGCAUGCUUCAAGGAGGAAGAAGAGAAAGGUCCUUUCGAGCAGAAGCAGAACGAAGAAUCUGAGAUGCUCACAGAAGACGAGCAACGACACCAAGAUCAGGCGCCUGGUGACCACGACGGGAUGAGGGAUGAUGAUUGUCUGGAAGAGCAUGAAGGUAAAACGAAAUUAUCUGAGAUGCUCACAGAAGACGAGCAACGGCACCAAGAUCAGGCGCCUGGUGACCACGACGGGAUGAACGAUGAUGAUUGUCUGGAAGAGCAUGAAGGUAAAAAGAAAUUAUCUGAGAUGCUCACAGAAGACGAGCAACGACACCAAGAUCAGGCGCCUGGUGACCACGACGGGAUGAGGGAUGAUGAUUGUCUGGAAGAGCAUGAAGGUAAAAAGAAAUUAUCUGAGAUGCUCACAGAAGACGAGCAACGGCACCAAGAUCAGGCGCCUGGUGACCACGACGGGAUGAGGGAUGAUGAUUGUCUGGAAGAGCAUGAAGGUAAAAAGAAAUUAUCUGAGAUGCUCACAGAAGACGAGCAACGGCACCAAGAUCAGGCGCCUGGUGACCACGACGGGAUGAGGGAUGAUGAUUGUCUGGAAGAGCAUGAAGGUAAAAAGAAAUUAUCUGAGAUGCUCACAGAAGACCAGCAACGGCACCAAGAUCAGGCGCCUGGUGACCACGACGGGAUGAACGAUGAUGAUUGUCUGGAAGAGCAUGAAGGUAAAAAGAAAUUAUCUGAGAUGCUCACAGAAGACGAGCAACGGCACCAAGAUCAGGCGCCUGGUGACCACGACGGGAUGAACGAUGAUGAUUGUCUGGAAGAGCAUGAAGGUAAAACGAAAUUAUCUGAGAUGCUCACAGAAGACGAGCAACGACACCAUGAUCAGGCGCCUGGUGACCACGACGGGAUGAGGGAUGAUGAUUGUCUGGAAGAGCAUGAAGGUAAAACGAAAUUAUCUGAGAUGCUCACAGAAGACGAGCAACGACACCAAGAUCAGGCGCCUGGUGACCACGACGGGAUGAGGGAUGAUGAUUGUCUGGAAGAGCAUGAAGGUAAAAAGAAAUUAUCUGAGAUGCUCACAGAAGACGAGCAACGACACCAAGAUCAGGCGCCUGGUGACCACGACGGGAUGAGGGAUGAUGAUUGUCUGGAAGAGCAUGAAGGUAAAACGAAAUUAUCUGAGAUGCUCACAGAAGACGAGCAACGACACCAUGAUCAGGCGCCUGGUGACCACGACGGGAUGAGGGAUGAUGAUUGUCUGGAAGAGCAUGAAGGUAAAAAGAAAUUAUCUGAGAUGCUCACAGAAGACGAGCAACGACACCAAGAUCAGGCGCCUGGUGACCACGACGGGAUGAGGGAUGAUGAUUGUCUGGAAGAGCAUGAAGGUAAAACGAAAUUAUCUGAGAUGCUCACAGAAGACGAGCAACGGCACCAAGAUCAGGCGCCUGGUGACCACGACGGGAUGAACGAUGAUGAUUGUCUGGAAGAGCAUGAAGGUAAAAAGAAAUUAUCUGAGAUGCUCACAGAAGACGAGCAACGGCACCAAGAUCAGGCGCCUGGUGACCACGACGGGAUGAACGAUGAUGAUUGUCUGGAAGAGCAUGAAGGUAAAACGAAAUUAUCUGAGAUGCUCACAGAAGACGAGCAACGACACCAUGAUCAGGCGCCUGGUGACCACGACGGGAUGAGGGAUGAUGAUUGUCUGGAAGAGCAUGAAGGUAAAAAGAAAUUAUCUGAGAUGCUCACAGAAGACGAGCAACGACACCAAGAUCAGGCGCCUGGUGACCACGACGGGAUGAGGGAUGAUGAUUGUCUGGAAGAGCAUGAAGGUAAAAAGAAAUUAUCUGAGAUGCUCACAGAAGACGAGCAACGACACCAAGAUCAGGCGCCUGGUGACCACGACGGGAUGAGGGAUGAUGAUUGUCUGGAAGAGCAUGAAGGUAAAAAGAAAUUAUCUGAGAUGCUCACAGAAGACGAGCAACGACACCAAGAUCAGGCGCCUGGUGACCACGACGGGAUGAGGGAUGAUGAUUGUCUGGAAGAGCAUGAAGGUAAAACGAAAUUAUCUGAGAUGCUCACAGAAGACGAGCAACGACACCAAGAUCAGGCGCCUGGUGACCACGACGGGAUGAGGGAUGAUGAUUGUCUGGAAGAGCAUGAAGGUAAAAAGAAAUUAUCUGAGAUGCUCACAGAAGACGAGCAACGACACCAAGAUCAGGCGCCUGGUGACCACGACGGGAUGAACGAUGAUGAUUGUCUGGAAGAGCAUGAAGGUAAAACGAAAUUAUCUGAGAUGCUCACAGAAGACGAGCAACGACACCAAGAUCAGGCGCCUGGUGACCACGACGGGAUGAACGAUGAUGAUUGUCUGGAAGAGCAUGAAGGUAAAACGAAAUUAUCUGAGAUGCUCACAGAAGACGAGCAACGACACCAUGAUCAGGCGCCUGGUGACCACGACGGGAUGAACGAUGAUGAUUGUCUGGAAGAGCAUGAAGGUAAAAAGAAAUUAUCUGAGAUGCUCACAGAAGACGAGCAACGACACCAAGAUCAGGCGCCUGGUGACCACGACGGGAUGAGGGAUGAUGAUUGUCUGGAAGAGCAUGAAGGUAAAAAGAAAUUAUCUGAGAUGCUCACAGAAGACGAGCAACGACACCAAGAUCAGGCGCCUGGUGACCACGACGGGAUGAGGGAUGAUGAUUGUCUGGAAGAGCAUGAAGGUAAAAAGAAAUUAUCUGAGAUGCUCACAGAAGACGAGCAACGACACCAAGAUCAGGCGCCUGGUGACCACGACGGGAUGAGGGAUGAUGAUUGUCUGGAAGAGCAUGAAGGUAAAAAGAAAUUAUCUGAGAUGCUCACAGAAGACGAGCAACGACACCAAGAUCAGGCGCCUGGUGACCACGACGGGAUGAGGAUGAUGAUUGUCUGGAAGAGCAUGAAGGUAAAACGAAAUUAUCUGAGAUGCUCACAGAAGACGAGCAACGACACCAAGAUCAGGCGCCUGGUGACCACGACGGGAUGAGGGAUGAUGAUUGUCUGGAAGAGCAUGAAGGUAAAACGAAAUUAUCUGAGAUGCUCACAGAAGACGAGCAACGACACCAAGAUCAGGCGCCUGGUGACCACGACGGGAUGAGGGAUGAUGAUUGUCUGGAAGAGCAUGAAGGUAAAAAGAAAUUAUCUGAGAUGCUCACAGAAGACGAGCAACGACACCAAGAUCAGGCGCCUGGUGACCACGACGGGAUGAACGAUGAUGAUUGUCUGGAAGAGCAUGAAGGUAAAAAGAAAUUAUCUGAGAUGC